AUGGAUUCUGACAGCAACGAAAGCGAUGCACAGAGUUCUAGGUUAGGAACUCCGCCACGAAAAGCUAGAAAAAGGCACUAUGACCAAAAAUAUUCGAAAUUAUGGGAGAAAGACAAAGAAUUUGCAGGUAUAGCAAGUCAACUAUCAAUCACCCAGUUUGGGAAAACUCAGUCAAAAAAGUCAUUUGAGGAUAAAAUCAAAUUUGGAGAAAUAAGAAUGGCUUGUUUUUUGGCAAAAAAUAAUCUACCUUUUAACAUUGCUGGUGACCUAAAGAAACUUAUUCAAAAUGUUUGCUCGGAUUCUGAAAUAGCCAAAGAAAUUACAUUCGAAAAAACUAAGGCACAAGCCAUUGUUACAAAUGUAACAGGAAAAUUAUCUCACAGCGAAUUAGUUAAGACUUUACAAACUGAAAAAUUUUCUUUGAUUGUUGAUGAAAGCACAGACAAAUCAACAACAAAACACUUGGCGCUCAUUGCCAGAACAGCAGUAGAUUUCAAUGUGGAAGAUAGUUUUUUAUGUUUAAUACCAAUUGUAGAGGGCACUGCCUCAGCAUUACAUAAUAUAUGCAAAGAAUAUUUUGAUAAUGAAAAUAUUCCUUACAAAGAGAACAUGAUUGGGUUUGCAGCAGAUGGUGCAAAUACUAUGUUUGGUUCACACCAUUCAUUGUCCACCCUAUUUGCAAAUGAGAUCCCACAUUUAUUCAUGAUGAAGUGCAUUUGCCACUCGUUUCAUUUGUGUGCUUCUUAUGCCUGCAAAACUCUUCCGAGGGGUGUGGAGGAUUUUGCAAGAGAUGUAUACAAUUAUAUUCAAAAUAGCCCAAAACGUCUGGGUGACUAUAAAGAAUUCCAGUCCUUUCUGGAUAUAAAACCCCACAAACUUCUACACCCAGCUCAAACAAGAUGGCUGUCUCUACUUCCUGUGGUCAAACGGCUUUUAGAACAGCUUCCAGCUUUAAAGUUAUACUUCCAAAAUGCUGUUUUGAAUGACAGGCUACUUGCGGCUCAGAGCAUUCAUGUGAAGUCCAUGGAUCCUUCAACAGAGCUAUAUUUAAAUUUUUUGGAUUAUGUGUUGCUCUAUUUCCAUGACAUUAAUAAAGAAAUGCAAUCAGAAAGUCCUAAACUUUAUUUGUUAUAUGAACGGAUUUUUACAACAUACAAAACUAUCUUGGAAUGUUUUAUUAAACCAGAAUUACUGCAGCUGACUGAAGGUGAAAAAAACAGUAGCAAGGAUCUUAACUUGGAUUUAGAGAACAAAAUUUUGAAUUUAGAAUAUGAAAAUAAACAAAACCAUGUACCAAUUGAAGAAAUAUACCUUGGUGGCAAUGUUAUUUCCCUGUUAUUGAAACAAGACUUUCUGGCUAGAAUUAAUGAAAUGGAAAUAGUACAGUUUAAAGAAAAGUGCAUUCUCUUUUAUAUGGAGAGUGUAAAACAAAUAAAGCAGCGUUUUUGUUUUGAUGAAAAGCAAAGAUUAAAAUGUCUUAAAUUUAUGAAUCCUAAACAUAUCAUUGAAAAACAUGCAGUCGCAACUAUUGCUCAUUUAGGAGUUCAGUUUCCAGGACUAUGCGCAGAAAACAUGACCGAAUUGGACCGAGAGUGGAGAUUAUUAAGAAACAUGACAUUUCAUUUCACAGAAAAAAAUGUGGAUCCUACACCUGAAGAAUUCUGGAAGCAUGUUUCAUCCAUUAAAAAAGGAGACCGGUCUCCAAUGUUUCCCCCUGCUAUGCGAAUUCGUGAGAAAAUUACUCACACUUCCACAUAG